CAGGAAUGUUAAGUUGUACCAUAAAAGGUCCUGGUCCAGUUUACAAAUUGCCAACGUUAAUUGGCUAUAGUGGCCAUGAUCCAUCUCGGCAUAGAAGUCCAGCGUAUAGUAUACGAGCUCGAACUGGUAUCAAGUCUUAUAUGAUAGGGCCUGGUCCUCAUUACGAUGUCAGAAAUUUAACAAAAUCUGGGCCGGACAAUCCACCUGCUUACACAAUCAGAGGAAGGAAAGCAUGGAGCUUGCAAGACCAUGCUCCAGGACCUGGAGCAUACUCCCCCGAGUUGUGCCCACCGAUGAAUCAUAGUCGUAGAGCACCAGCUUACAGUAUCAAGUCACGAGGAAUGACUAAGUAUCUGGAUGAAGGGCCUGGACCAAAUUCGUACUAUUUGCCAACGUGCAUAGGGCCCAAGGUGCCUGAUAAACCUGCUCAGGGUGCAUUUUCCAUGAUUGGUCAUCGUAAGACACGCGAAGAAAUUAUGGGUCCAGGCCCGGCUGCAUACAUCAAAAUAAACUAUGAUACGAUAAAACGACGGAGUCCGGCGUAUAGUCUAAAGGGAAGACACAUUUUAUUAGAAAGAUAUGACGGUCCGGCACCAAUCUUUUAUCCAUUGUACGAUACGCGAAAACGUUCUCCUAUGUAUUCAUUUGGUAUAAAGCAUAGUGAAUGUACCGGAAUACCUAUGACACAGCUGGACGAGGAUUAAUUUUAUAAUUAAAAAUUGUUAUCGUAUUUUUGGUAUUUGUGCAAUAAAUCUCGAAUCUAUUGUUGUCGGAGGUUUGGCAUUACGUGUACAUUACAUUACAUUACAUUACAUUAUAUUAAGGCCUUCGCACAAUAUAAGGAACAGAUAUUAGCAAUUAGGACCUAGGACUAAAGAAUCAGAAAUAAAGCUGGAUGAGCUGGAUGAUGCACAAUAAAAAACACAAGCAACAAAAACAAAGAAUAACACGGGUACAGAGUUUUAACCUAUCGGAAGCCGUGUAUCAAUGCUACAUCAGCUUUUGGAUUUCUUAAUUCCCUAAUCGCUUAAUAUCCUGUUCCUUAUAUUUUUAAAUUCCUUCCUUCCUAUUUGG